GACUGUGAUCUCACCAUGUUUAUCCACUGUGAGCUGCUCAUACUGAUACUUGUGCUGAUUAAUGACGGGCAAGGUAAGUGAAGUACUGUUAUAGGAGGUCAUGAGGCUGUACCACACAGCAGGCCGUACAUGGUGCUUUUGGAGUGGCACUUUGAGGAUGGUAGAGAAGGACACUGUGGUGGCUUCCUGCUGAACGAGGAUUUUGUGAUGACUGCUGCCUCCUGCCGAGCCAGGUCCUACACAGUCUUUCUAGAAGUUCAACAUUUCACAAGACAGCAUGAGAGUGGUGAAGUACAGAAUAUAUCCGUGGAACAAACAUUUACACAUGAAGACUACGACAAAAAAAAAUACAAAAAUAACAUAAUGCUUCUUAAGUUGAGCUCCAAGGCAAAGUUCAGCAACAAUGUGAGACCUAUUGCUCUCGCAGACCAAGGUGAUGGUUCUCUGCCACAAUCAUGCAGCAUCUCCGGCUGGGGAAGACCAGACAGGGACUCACCACAAAUGUCUAACGUACUCAUGGAGGUGAAUGUAACACUUGUUGACAGUGAGCAGUGUGCUGGGGAGCCCUUAUACUGCACUGAGGGAGACAUUGGGCCGAGUAAGGGAGAUGGUGGUGGUCCACUGGUCUGUGAUGGAAAGGCAUACGGCGUGGCGUCCUCAACCUAUGAAAUUGAUGGCCAGAAAAUACACCGUUAUUCUAAGAUUCCUUACUACAGAAACUGGAUUGAUUCAACCAUGAAAAAUGCAUUAAAAAGUACAACUUUUUUUUGUUUGGCACAUUAAGUCAAAAGCCUGAAUAUAUGUGAUUGUGGUUUGGUUCAUUUAGAGAGUGAUAACUUCUGACUUUUUAUGGCAUGGCUGUUUUUUUCUGCUGCUGGGGCGUAAGCUUUUUUUCUUUUUUGUCAGAAGACUGUUGAUUAUCCGAAGCAAAGUUACGUGUGGACUCAUUGCUGUUUAACAGAUGUAAUAAUAAUAAUAAUAAUAAUAAUAAUAAUACAUUUAAUUUGGAGGCGGCUUACUUGGCACUCAAGGACACCGUACUAAAAAGAUAGAAAAGAAACAGCAAUAAAAUACAAUAAAAUACACAGAAUUAUUAACAAUACAAUACAAUAGAUAGAUUGGACAGGGAAUUUGUCAUCAGAGGGAAUAGGCAGUUUUAAACAGAUGUGUUUUGAGUUGUGAUUUGAAAUGAGGGAGUGAGUCAAUGUUCCUGAGUUGGGGUGAUAGUGAGUUCCAGAGGCGUGGAGCAAUAUCUAUAUAUGUUAGAUAAUGUAUGUCAUCUUGCUAUUAAAUUCUUCCUUAUAUACAUUACAUUCCUGUUUGUCACAAUUUUUUACAAAGCAAUGACGAUGUCAGACCAAAAUCUGAAUUUGCUUGCUUUACACAGACGUAAUGAAAAUGUGCUUUACUUGGAUGUUUCCAAAUGAUACAAAUUACAUGUUUGUUUCACGAGUAAUCAUGGCACACAAAUCAAGUAACUUCAAUGCUGUUUAAUAGAUUCAUAAUCUAUUGAUAUGAGAUACUGUAUGUCAUAGUGCUCUAAGAUACAUUACUGCAUUUAUUUUUGACUUGAUGAA